AGGCCACAGCGGCAAAGCAAAGCUUCUCAAAGCCAAUUUCCAAGUUCUAAACUCCCUUUGCCAUGGUCAAAGUAGCCAUUUCUCCCAUCAAUGUUGGCCACAUUGAUGAUGUCCAAGAACUCAGAAAGGCCAAAACAACUGCCAUUCCCAGAAGAUUCGUCCGGGAUGAGGAUGAAAGGCCAUCACUUGCCAUAGCUAUUCCAUCUUUUACCAGCAGCACACUACCAGUUGUUGAUUUAUCCAAGCUUGUAAGGGGUAGCAAAGAUGAGUUGCAGAGUGAAAUCUCAAAGCUUGCAGCUUCCUGUGAAGAGUGGGGAUUCUUUCAGGUUGUGAACCAUGGGGUUGAUCUGGGCUUGCUUGAGAGCACUGAGAAGGUGGCCAUGGAAUUUUUCAGGUUGCCUUUGGAGGAGAAGCAGAAGUACCCAAUGGUGCCAGGGACUGUUCAGGGAUAUGGCCAGGCUUUUGUCUUCUCAGAGGACCAGAAGCUGGACUGGUGCAACAUGUUUGCCCUAGGAGUAGAGCCGCAUUUCAUCCGAGUCCCAAAACUCUGGCCUACAAAGCCACCUAAAUUCAGUGAAAUUGUGGAGGAAUACUCUGGGGAGAUACGAAGGCUGUGCCAAAAGCUGCUUGGUUUUGUAGCUAUGAGCCUUGGGCUGAAAAAGGACACCUUUGAAGAGAUGUUUGGGGUUGCGGUGCAAGCUGUGAGGAUGAACUACUAUCCACCAUGUCCAAGGCCAGACCUGGUUCUGGGUCUAAGCCCUCAUUCAGAUGGAAGUGCUCUCACAGUGCUGCAGCAGAGAGAGGGCAGUUCAGUAGGCCUUCAGAUUCUUAAAGACAACACUUGGGUGCCUGUUCAACCUAUUCCAAAUGCCCUCAUCAUCAACAUUGGUGAUACCCUAGAAGUUCUAACUAAUGGGAGAUACAAAAGUGUGGAGCAUAGAGCAGUUGCUGACAAGGAAAAAGACAGGCUCUCAAUUGUCACAUUCUAUGCCCCAAGUUAUGAGAUAGAGCUUGGCCCAAUUCCAGAAUUGGUAAAUGAGGGCAGCCCUUGCAAGUAUAAAAGGUACAACCACGGAGAGUACAGCAAGCACUAUGUCACUAACAAGCUGCAAGGCAAGAAAACACUGGAUUUUGCCAAGGUGGAAACCACAUACACAUCAUGAAUUGGUGAAACCAUGAUGAAAGCAGCAUCAGCUCCUUAGGCCAUGCAACUACAACACAUAUGGGACAAGUUGGGUCAUGUACUAUUAUAAUUCGGAAGUGGAACCCUGAUGCAAUGUCAUGUUUAUGUUUAGACUCAAAUCAGUAACAGUAAAUUAGUAAUUGAUGCAA